ACCAAACCAUCUCACUACAUCCUCCAUUUACCAACCUCUCUCUACUUUCUUUUCCUUUCUUCAAUAGAGUGAACACUAUGGACAUGUUUGAAAUUAAACACCAAAACAUAGGAACACAUACUCAAAAGAUGAAAACUCAUUCCUAUCUAAUUAACCUUACUCAACUAUUCAUUUCAAUAUCAGUCUUUUCCUUCAUCUUUUCACCUUCUUCUUUGUUUGUUUUUCUUCAUUACUUCAAAUUCUAUUUCUCUACUUUUCCUUUUCAACUUUACACUCAUAACAUAGACAAGAAUAGCAUGUUCCUCCUUUGUAAUGGUCUUCUUGUUUUUGUUGGUUUAACUAAAUCUUUCUCAUGGUCUUCUAGUGAUGAUGAUGAUGAUGAUGAUAAACCUUCAAAGUUACAAUAUAUAGAUGAUGAUUCACAAUCUCAUGUACUUGAUGUUGAUCAGCCAAUGUUGGAGAGAGAAAAUGAGAUGAGAAGUAGUGAGCUUGAUGAACAGAAUGAUGCAACAGAGGAAGAAAUAGAAAGAAAAACAUGUUCUGAAGAAGUGAAAGAAAAGGUUGAAAAUACCAUUUUUAUAGAUGAAGAACAAAGAGAAGAAGAAGUUGAACUAUUUGAUGAAGAGGAGGAUAAAGGGUCAGAAAUUGAUUACAUUCUAAUUGAAGAAAACAACAUAGAAGAGGAAGAGGAAGAAGAAUAUGAUAUAGAAGAAGAAGGCAGUGUAUUAAGCACAGAAGAGUUAAACAAAAAAUUUGAAGAUUUCAUUAGAAAAAUGAAAGAAGAUCUAAGAAUUGAAGCUAGAAGGCAAUUAGUCAUGGUCUGAUUUCAUUAACAACAACCAUGAUCAUGAUCUUCUUUUUCUUUUUUGUUUUUUGUUUUGGUCCUGCUUCUAGGCUAGUAAAUUGCUGUGCCUUUUUUUUCUUUCUUCUUUUCAAUUCUCCUUUUUUCUUGUACUUCAGUUAUAUGCAACUCUUAAAUUUUGCAAAACUAUUUCUCUGAUUUCCCCUUAUGUCA